GUACUGAAAGCCAUUACUAUUAUUAUUAUUAUUAUUAUUGUUGCUAUUAUUAAUCAAGAAGAGCUUGAAGCUGAGUCUGUAUCUGACCAGUCAUUAUCAUUUUCACAGUAACAGUCAUGGCAAGUAAACGAAAAUCAACAACACCCUGCAUGGUCUUAGCCAAUGAGCAGGAUCCAGAUCUAGAAAUGGUAUCAGACUUGGAGGAAGGACCACCUGUGCUCACACCAGCAGAUAACCCUACAACAGAGAGUGUAACAAGUGAUGAGGAUGCUCAUGAAUAUGUGGAUUCAGACAAUAAGAAAAACACAAAUAAAGUAGAAGGUGGUUAUGAGUGUAAAUACUGUACUUUUCAAACUCCAGAUCUCAAUAUGUUUACUUUCCAUGUGGAUUCAGAACACCCCAACGUAGUAUUAAAUUCAUCCUACGUUUGUUUAGAAUGUAAUUUCCUUACCAAAAGAUACGAUGCCCUCUCAGAACAUAAUUUGAAGCACCACCCUGGAGAGGAGAAUUUUAAAUUGACUAUGGUGAAACGUAAUAAUCAGACAAUCUUUGAACAGACAGUAAAUGAUCUCACUUUUGAUGGGAGUUUUGUUAGAGAAGAAAAUGCUGGACAGGCUGACUCUUCUGAGGUCCCCUCAUCAGGGAUCUCCAUUAGCAAAACUCCUAUCAUGAAAAUGAUGAAAAACAAAACUGAGGCUAAACGUAUUGCUGUUUUCCACAGUGUAGUUGAUGACAUUCCUGGUGAAGAGAAGGGAACUGAAAAUGAGCCAAACUCUGAAGAAGUAGUAGAAAACCCCCCAGCAGCAGUUUCUGAGUCAAAACCAAGCCAUUCAGUUGUUUGCAGUGCAGCAGAUGUGGCUGGUGCAGUAGUGACCCCAGCACCAGUGCUUCAGCCGGGGGUGGCACAGGUUAUAACAGCUGUUACAGCUCCACAGAACUCAAACCUGAUUCCAAAAGUACUAAUACCUGUAAAUAGCAUCCCGGCCUAUAACACUGCUUUGGAUAACAAUCCCCUUUUGCUUAACACCUAUAACAAAUUCCCAUAUCCAACCAUGUCAGAAAUCACUGUUCUUUCCUCUCAAGCUAAGUACACAGAAGAGCAGAUUAAAAUAUGGUUUUCAGCCCAGCGUCUGAAACACGGAGUGAGUUGGACACCAGAGGAGGUGGAGGAAGCAAGAAGGAAACAAUUUAAUGGCACAGUGCAUACUGUGCCACAGACAAUUACUGUUAUUCCAGCACACAUUUCGGCCGCUAGCAAUGGUUUACCUUCAAUUUUACAGACAUGCCAAAUAGUUGGUCAGCCAGGACUUGUCCUCACUCAAGUUGCCGGUACAAAUACGUUACCAGUAACAGCCCCAAUAGCUUUGACUGUAGCAGGAGUCCCAAACCAAACACAGUUACAGAAGAGUCAGAUUCACAGUGCUCAGCCUAUUGCAGAAACCAAACAAGUAGCUGCCAUUCCAACCCCUCAGCCUAUCAAAAAUGAAUCCACGCUGAUGAAUCCUGACUCCUUUGGCAUCCGAGCAAAAAAAACUAAAGAACAGCUAGCAGAAUUAAAGGUCAGCUAUCUUAAAAACCAGUUUCCUCAAGACUCAGAAAUUGUUAGACUUAUGAAAAUAACAGGCCUCACUAAAGGAGAGAUCAAAAAGUGGUUCAGUGAUACACGCUACAAUCAGAGAAACUCAAAGAAUAAUCAUGGGAUUCAUCUCAACAGUGAUUCAUGUGCCACCAUUGUUAUAGAUUCAAGUGAUGAAAUGAAUGAAUCUCCAACAGGAGUCACUCCACAAAGCAGGUCAUCUUGGGCUACUUUUCCCGAUUUCACCCCACAGAAGUUCAAAGAGAAGACUUCUGAACAGCUGCAAGUCCUCCAAGCAAGUUUUCUUAAUAACCCUGUCCUUACUGAGGAAGAGAUGAAUAGGUUAAGAGCCCAGACAAAACUGACCAGGAGAGAGAUUGAUGCCUGGUUUACAGAAAAAAGGAAAUCAAAUGUCUUGAAGGAAGAGGGAGCUGACACGAAUGAAAGCAAUGCUGGCAGCUCGAAAGUGGAGUCUGGAGAAACAUCUGUGGGAGAUGGAGCAGCAGGAACAAAAUCAGGGUGUUCCACUUCAAGCAAAAUAGGCAAAAAAUCACCAGAGCAGUUGCACAUGCUCAAAAGUUCCUUUGUCCGUACUCAGUGGCCAUCUCCACAGGAAUACAACAAGCUGGCAGAAGAAACUGGGCUUCCAAGAUCAGAAAUUGUGAGCUGGUUUGGAGAUACUCGCUAUGCCUGGAAAAAUGGUGGAUUGAAAUGGUAUUACUAUUACCAGAGUGCCAAUGCAAACAGUCUGAAUGGCCAAGGCUUUUCAAGGAGGAGAGGGAGAGGAAGACCAAAAGGGAGGGGGAGAGGGAGGCCUCGGGGGAGGCCUCGGGGAAGCAAGAGGUUAAACUGCUGGGACAGAGGUGUGUCUGUCAUAAAAUUUAAAACUGGAACAGCAAUCCUGAAGGACUACUAUAUGAAGCACAAAUUCCUUAAUGAGCAAGACCUUGAUGAACUGGUAGCCAAAUCUCACAUGGGGUAUGAGCAGGUCAGAGAAUGGUUUGCAGAAAGGCAAAGAAGAUUAGAACUUGGAAUAGAGCUGUUUGAUGAGAAUGAGGAGGAAGAAGAAAUGCUGGAUGAUCAGGAGGAUGAGGAAGAAACAGAUGAUAGUGAUACUUGGGAACCCCCCAGACAUGUUAAACGUAAACUUUCAAAAACGGACUGAUGUAUAAUUUGGAAUUUGGGGGCCAAAAACCUAUGAAUUAGGUUUGAUGUUAUGAUGAAGAGCCAAAUGAUUUUUCAUGGCCUUCAGUUUAGCAAGCAGCUGCUUAGCAUCUUCCU